CAUCUAGGGGCCUGCACCAGCACACCGCAAACAUCACCAUAACACACCUCUCUUGAGAUGAUAAAUACCUGCCCAGAAUGGUCCUAAGUUUACUAAGACCGUACGGUCUACAUCUAAUUCCUAGGAGGAAUCGCUGUCAAUUAUGUGAAGAUGCCCACACUAUUAUUUUCAAAGAUUCGGAUCAAUGAAUUGAAGGAUAUACCGCAAAAAAGAACACAGAGAAGAAGGAUCGAUAUCCUUCUAAGCAGAAAAAGACAAAAAAAAGACAUCCAGUGUAUUCUGGCACAAAAGAUAAAUGAUGAGUCCUUUUCUACAAAAAUCAAUCCAGAGGACAAUAGAGGAAUCCAGCCAACUCUUGAGACCUUGUUGAAGGACGAAAGGUGCCUUGCAGCCUUCCGAGCCUUCCUGCGGUCCGAAUUCAGUGAGGAGAAUAUUGAAUUUUGGCUAGCAUGCAGAGACUACAGAAAUACCAUCUCACCGGCUGACCUGUUCUGGAAAGCAGCAGAGAUCUACCAGGAGUUCCUCCAUCCCCAGGCCCAGAGAGAGAUCAACGUUGACUACCACAUCCACGAGAAGAUCAAAAGGUCCAUGAAAGCCCCUGCUCUGUGCUGCUUUGACGAGGCAGUGAGACAUGUGUACAAACUAAUGGAGAACGACUCGUAUUCCAGGUUCCUCAGGUCAGAUGCCUACCUGGGGCUCAGACGCAAAGCCAGGACCUUCUGGUAGAGGUUAGGGGUCAAGAGUUUGUGAAUCAAGAUUCACCAAGUCCAAACAAGGAGGAUUCCAAACGAGUCAUGGAAACAUGAGACUUCAGAUCCUGAGGAUAGAACUGAAAGAUCCCCACAGGAAGUGACACAUAAUGACCACAGGAAAUGACUUAUGAGUUGGAGAAGAAGAAGAAAUGAGUAUAGAGUAUGGAGAAGCAUUGAGUGUUAGAGAUGAGUGCUGUGUGUUGAUGAGUAGUGUCAAUGAUUCAGAGUGCUAAACAGUACAUUUAUUCAAACAUCUAGACUGACUGAUGCAUCAAAAGUGGCGUUGGCGUAAAAAAAAUGUGUGUAUAGGGAAUCGUUUUAGGUAAGAACAGAAGGUACAGAAUGUCUAAAUGGAAGGACUUACAUUACAAAUGGUUACAGAAAUGAGUUACGUAUGGUUACAGAAAUGAGUUACGUAUGGUUACAGAAAUGAGUUACGUAUGGUUACAGAAAUGAGUUACGUAUGGUUACAGAAAUGAGUUACGUAUGGUUACAGAAAUGAGUUACGUAUGGUUACAGAAAUGAGUUACGUAUGGUUACAGAAAUGAGUUACGUAUGGUUACAGAAAUGAGUUACGUAUGGUUACAGAAAUGAGUUACGUAUGGUUACAGAAAUGAGUUACGUAUGGUUACAGAAAUGAGUUACGUAUGGUUACAGAAAUGAGUUACGUAUGGUUACAGAAAUGAGUUACGUUGGUUACAGAAAUGAGUUACGUAUGGUUACAGAAAUGAGUUACGUUGGUUACAGAAAUGAGUUACGUUGGUUACAGAAAUGAGUUACGUAUGGUUACAGAAAUUAGUUACGUAUGGUUACAGAAAUUAGUUACGUAUGGUUACAGAAAUGCAGCACUAAAAAAGUAUUUUAAGUAUUCCAUUCAAGUGUUAUUUGUUUUGGCAAAGACAAAAAUCUGUUUUUUCAUUUCAUGCUUAUUUGACACCCAUGAUAUGGAUCUGUCAGCAAUAUGAAACAUGAAUAACUGUUAUUCAUUUAACUCUUAAUACUAAUAUAGCAUGGAUGGACCCUGUCA